AAACCGCACCUCCACACUUUAGGAAGUUAUGUUUUAAGCGAAGCGGACCGUCUCUUUUCAGUUUCUAACCAUAUUAGUUUCAUUCUUGGCUCAGAGAAGCUGGACUUGUUUCCGGAGCAACUGAAUCUCCUCUACAUCAACCUGCCUUCUAACAAUAUUUUUUUAUUCUUCGAUCAGGUCAUCCAAGUUCUUCAAUUCAUAUUGAUUGUUUCGAAUCUUUCCCUUUUCUUUGGCUAGAGUUGAAUUUUUGAAAUUUCAUUUCCAUGAUUCCAUCUUGUAAGGCAUAAGGAAAAAAGAGGAACAAGAUGAGCAUUGUGCCGAAGGAAACGAUUGAGGUCAUAGCCCAAAGUGUAGGGAUCAAUAACCUCUCUGUAGAUGCUACACUUACUCUUGCUCCUGAUGUGGAAUACCGAAUGCGUGAACUUAUGCAGGAAGCUAUCAAAUGUAUGCGUCAUUCAAGGAGAACUGUUUUGACAACAGAUGAUGUGGAAACUGCAUUAAGCAUUAGAAAUGUUGAGCCAGUUUAUGGCUUUGCGUCUGGAGAUCCUUUAAGGUUUAAAAGAGCUGUAGGACACAUGGAUUUAUUUUACGCUGAGGAUAAGGAUGUGGACUUCAAAGAUAUAAUUGAAGCUCCUUUACCAAAAGCACCACUUGAUACAUCAAUAAUGUGCCAUUGGCUAGCAAUAGAAGGGGUGCAACCUGCAAUUCCAGAAAAUGCUCCUGUUGAAGUACUUUCUGUUCCCAAUGGAAAAAGGUCCGAAAGUAAGGGUGAUGGUCUACCCAUUGACAUCAAAGUACCAGUCAAACAUGUACUAUCUAGAGAGCUUCAGCUAUACUUUGACAAGAUCACAGAGCUUGCUAUCAGAGGUUCUGAAACUGUUCUUUUCAAAGAGGCAUUGGUCAGUUUAGCAACCGAUGCAGGGCUUCAUCAAUUAGUUCCAUAUUUCACAUGUUUCAUAGCUAGUGAGGUUCCUCGUGGUCUAGGGGAUUUUUGUCUGUUAUUUGCUUUGAUGCGCCUUGUGCAAAGUCUGCUGAAAAAUCCCCACAUACAAAUUGAGCCUUAUCUGCACCAGCUGAUGCCUUCUGUUGUGAGCUGUUUAGUCACAAGAAGAGUGGGCAACAGAUUGGCUGACGACCAUUGGCAGCUGAGGGAUUUCACAGCAAAUCUAGUUGCUUCAAUUUGCAAAAGAUUCGGGCACGCAUACAGCAAUCUCCAGCCACGUAUAACAAGAACUCUAGUAAAUGCGUUUCUGGAUCCCAAACGAGCCAUCACUCAACACUAUGGUGCAAUUCAAGGAUUGGCUGCCCUUGGACCCAGUGUGGUGCGCCAUUUUAUUUUUCCAAAUCUUGUGCCAUAUAUGGAGCUUCUUGAACCUGAAAUGCGUCUUGAGAGUCAAAACAAUGAAAUGAAGAGGCAUGAGGCCUGGAGAGUUUAUGGAGCAUUGUUGCAUGCAGCUGGGAAAUGCAUUUAUAUUACACUUAAGUGCUUCCCUACCAUGCCAUCACCAGAGUCUCAUGAAAUUUGGGGUAGAAAUAAAAGAGUGAUGACAUUGGCACUAGGUAAACGUAAGGUAAGUGUGGAACACAGAGAGGAGCAACCACCUCUCAAAAGAGUAGCCACUGAUGGCCCUUUGUUGGACAAUUCUACACCUUCUGUCAGAGAAAAUGAGGUAGAAAUACCCGCAGCUAAUAGCAGUGACCCUGAUUUAGCCGCAACUUCCGAGAGGAUGACAGCAUCCCAGAAACAAGAGAGCAAAAAUGACAUAGAUCAGAUUGACAAACAGUAUCGAAAGUCGGAAGCUAUCCUGAAUCAGGUUUGGAAGGACGACUUGAACUCUGGGAAAGUUCUUGUAUUGAUGCUUGAGCUAUUCGGUGAGAGUAUGUUCCCCUUCAUUCCUACUCCUGAGUUAUCAUUAUUUUUAUGACAUUUGUAGAACCUUAUGUUCCCAUGUACAUAGUCAUGAUAUUUAGUUGCUGAAACGAGUAGACAUUCUAACUUAUCUCAGGAGCUUCUAUUAGAGCUGGACUAUGUUCCUGUAUUAUUGUGGGCUUUCUGGUCUGAUAAAACUAAUGUGUUUUAUGGGAGGAAUAUUUAUAUUUAUUUUCAAUCAAA